AUGUUGUUCUACUCUACAGAUGUCAAUGAGUGCAAUGUGAAAAAUGGCGGAUGUUCUCACAAGUGUACAAACACCAAAGGUAGUUAUAGCUGCUCCUGCCCAGACCCCGAGCUGACACUGGCGCCAGAUGGUCGCAAUUGUGUUGGUAAGCAGCCAAAUGACAUCAUUUUGAGCUUGAAAUUGCCACAUUUGACGCAAGAUGGAAUUCGCUUCUUUUAGUAGAAAAAGCAUUAGUUUCCUUCUAAGACGGUUUCUAUAAUUAACUUAAUUAUUGUUCGUUUCUGUCAGCUUCCGGCGUUUCUGUUAAGUGCGACCAAAAUGACAUGUCAAUCACAUUACCAAAGAACCUCCUCCUCGGUUUGAGCCGUGAACAUGUCACUCUCCGAGACGUCAAAUGUGUUGCCAAGGAAACUAAAACCCACUUCACCCUUAAAACUGCAUUAACCGGCUGUGGAACAACCGCAAGAUUCGGUAAGGGUGCCGUGGUCUACAGCAACACUGUCUUGGAGAUUCCCGUAAAAAAUGAUGCCAUUAUAACGAGAGUUCGCGAGAUUGAGAUUCCUUUCAGCUGCUACUAUAAAAAUACUGAAGCUGCAACUGCCGUUGGAGUCCAAGCUGAUACCAAGAAACUGGUGUUUGACGAAGAUGGAAAAGGAAAAUUUACUGUUGCCCUGGAUCUGUUUGCAGACCAACAGUAAGUCAGUGCCAUGGUAUUUUUAUUAUAUAAUAAAAAGUUGAAUUUUCGUCAACAUAAAAGUGGACCUAACAAAUCUAUGAAUGAAUUUCUUUUCCUCCUGACAAUCUACUUGUAAUUAAGAAAAUUCAUUUUUAACUGUGUUGAUUUGUGCCAACCAGUAUAAUUAUUCUCAUAAGAUGAUACAUCACUGACUGGUUGGUGUUUUCGUCGACUGUUUUCAUAGUCGACAUAGCCAGGUAAAUUUCAAUUCAGAGGAGUUUUUUCAAAGAUGACCUGGUGAUAUUUUUGUUACUGCACGGCCCAUACUAAACGAAAUUGAUCCACGAACAUCUUAAGAGUAUCAAUCACACUCGCACACUCUGGACAGAAGUUUAAAAUGUAGUCUGGUUUGUUAUUAAUAUUUAACAUUUUUUUGCUAUGACAUUGCCAAACCAACUGACUGACUCGUGAUCAAAGGGUACUUUGGUAUUAUCAACUGAGCUAUUAACGUAAAUUGACGUAAAUUUGCCACCGUUAGACGUUUCGAGCGUAAGACCUGUCGGUCGCUCUGACGAAGGACUAACGCUCAAAGCGGUGUCCAAUUUACGUUAUCAACUAAUUUGAUGAUACCAAAUUACCCUGUUGUACUCUCCCACCAACGCAGAACCACAAUUGUUCAGAGACUUACCCCCUUACUCGGGACAAGUUUGAUACAACCACAUUCGUCAUAUUUAACAUCAAACAUGUGAUUCUCCUUUUUAUUCAUCAGGUUUAAGUCACGCUAUACUGAAAAAGACUACCCAGUGCAAGUCAAACUAAGGCAGGAUCUGUACUUCGAGGCAUCUGUGAAAUCCAAGGACAAAACUUUGUCAGUUUUGGGUGAAAACUGUGUCGCCACCCCCACGCAAGAUAGUAAACACGCUACAUCAUAUCCUCUCAUUACCAACGGGUUAGUUAUGCUCUUCUGACACUUAAGUGGAAAUCUCGAAUUUCUCACCGCACCUGGGUUUGCAGAGACGAAAAAAAUCUUGGGUUUUAUAAUGAGAAUAGGAAAUAAUGAAAAGGAAAAAAACAGCUGCACUUGUUUACAAUACAAGGUGCUUGGGCUUAUUCACUUAUUCUGAUACAUAAGUUCUUGUAUUCUCUAAUUUAAGCACCGAUGCAUAUUUCUAAGCAGUAACAAACGUUUCUUUUGUUAUCCUCAGGUGCCCUGUGGAUGAAACUACCAAUAUCAUGAAGUCUUCUGUAGGCACCUUCCGAUUCACCACAGAAAGCUUUAAAUUCAUCGCCAAACACCCAUUCCUCUUUGUCCAUUGCCAAAUAAGGGUUUGUGACUCAACCGAUCCAAAGUCGAGAUGCGCUCAAGGAUGCCUUCGAGGAGACAGGAGAAGGCGUGACGUCACCACUGAUGACAAAAUAUACUCACUCGCUCAGGGACCACUAACAUUUUAUGCUGAUGAAGAAGACGCUGGAUCAACUCUUAGUGGUAAAAGAAAAAUGCCGAAUUUAACUAGCUACAAUGUUUUUAUCUAG